UCUGGACGACAGGAGAGACUCCAGGAAAACCGACGGAGCUGGCGCACGGUGUAACGGGACGCGGAGACAUGUCGGCGUGAGGAGGAAACUUUUGUAUGGACAUGAGGAUAUUCUGGGAUAAUUUGCUAUUUCUAAGAGCAGAGCAGGACUUCUGAAGAGUUUGUUUCCCUCUUUAUUCCAUCACAGUUAUUUAAAGAUGACUGACGGUACAGUUUGACUUGAGCGAUGCGCGUCGAGCACGCAGCGGUCCACUGAGGAGAAGCCCGCCAAUGCGCACCUCCUGUCGGCACUUCAAAGAGAGCUGUUAAUUGUUUUUGUUGUUUGUUUGCACGCGCUUCACUUCAAAGAGAGAGAAGAUGGCAGAGCACGAGAGCCCGGAGUUUGGGAAGGCAGAUUUUGUUCUUCUGGACACCGUGUCCAUGGAAGAGUUCAUGACCAACCUCAAAGUCAGGUUUGAGAAGGGGAGGAUCUACAGCUACAUCGGAGAGGUGGUGGUGUCCGUCAACCCUUACCGUGCCAUGAACAUCUACGGCCGCGACACCAUCGAGCAGUACAAGGGCCGCGAGCUGUACGAGAGGCCGCCCCACCUCUUCGCCAUCGCCGACGCCGCUUACAAAGCCAUGAAGAGGAGGAACAAAGACACUUGUAUUGUCAUCUCAGGGGAGAGCGGAGCAGGGAAGACAGAAGCCAGCAAGUAUAUCAUGCAGUACAUUGCUGCUAUCACCAAUCCCAAUCAGAGGGCUGAAGUUGAAAGAGUAAAAAACAUGCUGCUUAAAUCCAACUGCGUCUUGGAGGCCUUUGGGAACGCCAAGACCAACCGCAACGACAACUCCAGCCGCUUUGGCAAGUACAUGGACAUCAACUUUGACUUCAAGGGCGAUCCCAUCGGAGGCCACAUCAACAACUACCUGCUGGAAAAGUCCAGAGUCAUUUUCCAACAGCCAGGCGAGAGGAGCUUUCAUUCAUUCUACCAGCUGCUCAGAGGAGCCCCGGACUCCCUGCUACGCUCUCUUCACAUGCAGAAGGACCCGACGGCCUACAACUACAUCAAAGUGGGAGGCCAGAUUAAGUCUUCCAUCAACGACGGGGCCGAUUUCAAAGCUGUAGCCGACGCCAUGAAAGUGAUCGGUUUCACAGGGGAUGAGAUUCAGACUGUUUACAAGAUCCUGGCCACCAUCCUACAUCUGGGCAACCUGACUUUCGGUGUGGACGGCGACGUGACCUUGAUAGAGAACCCGAAGCUGGUGUCUGUGAUCAGAGACCUGCUGUCCACCAAAGAAGAAAACGUGGAGAAGGCCCUGCUGUACCGCACCGUGGCCACGGGUCGAGAUGUCAUCGAAAAACAGCACACGACGCAAGAGGCCAGCUACGGACGAGACGCUCUAGCCAAGGCCAUGUACGAGCGUCUGUUCUGCUGGAUUGUGGGACGGAUCAAUGACAUCAUCGAGGUGAAAAACUACGACGCCAAAGUCCACGGGAAGAACACGGUCAUCGGGGUGCUGGACAUCUAUGGUUUCGAGAUUUUCCAGAACAACAGCUUUGAACAGUUCUGCAUCAAUUACUGUAACGAAAAGCUGCAGCAGCUUUUCAUCCAGCUGGUGCUCAAGCAGGAACAGGAAGAGUAUCAACGGGAAGGCAUCCCAUGGAAACAUAUCGAUUACUUCAAUAAUCAGAUCAUCGUGGAUCUGGUGGAGCAGCAGCAUAAGGGCAUCUUCUCUGUGCUGGAUGAAGCCUGCAUGAACGUGGGCAAAGUCACAGACGAGGUUUUCCUCCAGGGACUCAACGGAAAACUGGCCAAACACGCCCACUACACCAGCCGCAAGCUCUCACCGACUGACAAGAGCCUGGAGUUCGACAGAGACUUUCGCAUCAGGCAUUAUGCAGGAGACGUGGUGUACUCAGUGGUGGGAUUCAUAGAUAAGAACAAAGACACUCUGUUCCAGGAUUUCAAGAGACUGCUGUACAACAGUUCUAACCCAGUUCUGAAGGGGAUGUGGCCCGAGGGCAAACUGAGCAUCACUGAAGUCACCAAGCGGCCGCUGACGGCCGCGACGCUCUUCAAGAACUCCAUGAUCUCGUUGGUGGAGAACCUGGCCUGCAAGGAGCCGUACUACGUCCGCUGCAUCAAACCCAACGACGUCAAGUCUCCUCUGCUGUUCGAGCAGGAGCGCUGCCGCCAUCAGGUGGAGUACCUCGGGCUGCUGGAGAACGUCCGAGUGCGGCGUGCCGGCUUCGCCUACAGACAGACGUACCCACGCUUCCUACAGAGAUACAAGAUGAUCUCCGAGUUCACGUGGCCAAACCAUGACCUGCCGUCAGACAAAGAUGCCGUGAAGAGGCUCAUGCAGGGGUGCGGGUUCGACCACGACGUGGCCUACGGCAAAACCAAAGUCUUCAUCCGCACGCCGCGUACCCUGUUCAGCCUGGAGGAUCAGCGGGCUGAGAUGGUCCAGAGGAUUGUCCUUUUCCUCCAGAAGGUGUGGCGGGGCACCAUCGCCAGGAUGCGAUACCGGCGGAUGAAAGCGGCGCUCACCAUCCUGCGGGCCUACCGGCGCUACAAGGUGAAGUCGUACAUCCGCGACGUCAACAAGCGCUUCAAGAACGUCAAGUCCAUGAAGGAUUACGGGAAGCGCUUGAAGUGGCCCACGCCCCCUAAAGUCCUGCGCAAGUUCGAGGAAGCACUCCGGAGCAUCUAUAACAGGUGGUGGGCUUGGACACUGAUCAAAGGCCUCUCUCCAGAGGAGGCCCUGCAGGUGAGGGCCAAGGUAGCCAGCCUGGAGGCAUUGAAGGGCCAGAGGGCCGACUUGGGUCUACAGAGGGCUUGGGAAGGAAACUACCUGAAGCGAGACAGCCCUGACACAGCGUCUUCGUUCACGCUGGUUUCCAGCGAGCUGCAGCGGAAAGACAAAUUCAUGAGAGUUCUGUUCUCGUGCAACGUGCGCAAGAUCAACCGUUUCCACAAGGCGGAGGAUCGGGCUGUGCUCAUCACUGACCGCCACCUGUACAAGAUGGACCCCCUGAAGCAGUAUAAACCCAUGAAGAGCAUCCCCCUCUACAACGUGACAGGAGUGAGCGUGUCCCCCGGGAAGGACCAGCUGGUUGUGUUCCACACCAAGGACAGCAGGGAUCUCAUUGUGUGCCUGCAGGGCAUGGUGCCUGCCAAUGAGAGCCGCAUCGGGGAGCUUGUUGGCACCUUACUCAGCCACUUCAAGAGUGAGCGGAGGAGGCUGCAGGUCAACAUCGCGAGUCCCAUCCAGUGCAGCAUGAACGGGAGGAAGUGCACCAUCAUCGUGGAGCCCAAGAUCAACCAAUCACAGCCGGACUUCACCAGGAACCGAUCCGGUUACAUCCUCGCUGUUCCUGGCAACUAAACUGUGCCAGAAAAAAAAACAGUGACAGCUGAUAUCAAAGCAGAUGAUGAUGAUGCUGAUGAGUCACUUCUUGUGUUUUGUUGUCGCGGAGCUGCUGCUGCUGAUGUGAGGAGGAUGAGUGCAUCCUCAGAGAUAUGCAAAGCCAUGCCAAAUUCACCUGUUUGUAGAUUCCUAUGCAAUGUUACUAUAAACAGGAAGCUACAACACGCCUACACGCAACAUGUAAUAACAUGUAAUAACAUGUAAUAACUUGUUGCGUGUAGGCGUGUUGUCAGCUGAACAGGUGCACUACAGGAUCAUCCACCAAAGUGGUGUUCUUUAUUUCUUUUUAUAUUUCUUUAAAUCCAAAUUUGAAAUGAUUCGCUCGGUGCAAUAUUUCGAUUAUCGUUGAUGGGAUGUUGUGAUGGUCGUCAAGGUGAGAUGAGAUUAUGUGGCAACUGUUCUCUGAACCACUGAUGUUGCAUAAUUGAUUU